AUGUUCAAGGGAAGGCGCCGUUCAUCAAACGCUGUCUAUUUUCAUUCAGCCUCGCGUAACGCGCCCGAGGGGAGAAGCGGUGGAGACAAGGAAGAAGAAGGAGAUGGGGAAAGACAUGGUCAGGGAGGUAAACAGACGAAGAGCGAAUGGUUUGUGGAUGACGUUGAGGACGGCGAGAUCUCUCCCGGGUGGCAUCCAUCGGAGCCUGGUGGAGGAGGGUUCGAGUUCACAGUUAGACCGUUUACAAGCAGGCAAAGGCUGAUGCCUAAAUCAACGUCGCCCGCGGGGACCGAGUGGAAGAGCGUAGCGGACGAGGAAGAGGAAGGGAACUUGGACGAACAACGGUUCUCGCUUGUAUCGAUAAUGGAGCCUUCGAAACGCGACUUGCCCAUUGACCUCAAGCGGAUGUCCAUGCUCUGGACUCAUGGAAACAUAUUCCGUGCUCUGCCUUCGCCAACAACGAAUUCACCACCAUCGACGCCAGACACUGAAGUCCCCCCCACUCAGAGUAUCCCACUAACACCAGCAAGAGCUCCACGACUGGACAUAACCACCACCACAAUCACUGUGCAUUCUCCGUCUCCCUCACCCAUCUCGGCCGUCGUUUCAGCUUCAGCUACAUGGAGUAUUUUGGAAAUGUACGGCGUCAGUCCUGAAUCGCCCAUGACCGAGCGAGUGCCGCCUGGUCAACAACAUUUGGCGAAGCAAAUUUCGUCGCCGUUUCUGCAGGUACCCGGUGCUUCAAAUGCGCCAAGUCUCUCCAUUGCCGCUCAACCGUCUUCGGAUAUACCGCCUGUCCCACCCAUCCCUAAACAUCUUCGUUCGGGGUCUCAACGGUCUAUUCGUCCACUUCCCGCUGUCCCUUCUGCUUGUCCAUCUUCCACCUCUAAACACGUUCCGUCGCGGGUCCAGAUCGCUAGGACACCUGUCCUUCACGGGCCACGACCGCGGUCGAACACACUGCCCACGAAUCGCCGACCGGUGAUGGAGACCAUCCAAAUGCCGUCGCCUAGCAUCUCUGAUCCCGGUGGACACUACGCUGCGUGCACUCCGGAAUCAGCAACGAGGAGACCACGCCUGCCGAUCAGGAGAGGAGAUCAGCGCGAUUGA